UGUCCUCAGCAGCAGCAGCUGCAGCAACAGGAGGAACAUCAGCAACUUCUGCGUUUUACAAAGGUCAACAAUCUCGUGAUUACGACCGAGUUUGGCCGAAACUACAGCAACUCUGUGGAAGAGGCCUACCGAAAGAGCGUUUUUGCGGACAACCUUAAGUUCAUUCUGAAGCACAACCAAGAGUACCUGGCUGGUCGCAAAACCUUCACUAUGGGGGUGAACAAUUUUGCCGACAUGACCAAUGCCGAGUUCAGAGCCCGUUUCAACGGUUUUCGCCCUUCUGCCGGUCUGGCUCAAUCGCAGGAUUUCAAUAAAAACGCCUACAACGCCUCUGCUAGUGUUGACCUGCCUGACACCGUUGACUGGGUCAAGAAGGGAUUGGUGACGCCAGUUAAGAACCAAG